AUGUUGUCCCUUUUGAGCGGGAAAAAACUUGCUUUACAAUUAUUCCCUAAAGUAUCUGCAGUUUCGAGGCUAAGAUACCUUGCCAGCUUGUACACGAGUGGAGGAGUUUUCGAUGAUAAGAAAAUGGAGGGUCGUGUGAUCGAUUUGAGAAGCGACACUGUUACUGUGCCCACUGAAGAAAUGAGAGCUGCGAUGGCGGCUGCUGAAGUUGGUGACGAUGUUUAUGGAGACGAUCCAACCGUCAAUGGUUAGAAUUUGUUUUACUAGCAUAUUUGCGGUAUUAACAUGUUGUGGUUCAGUUUUAUCCUUGGUUUAAAUUUUACGUUCCUUCGUUUUAAACUCAUUAGCAUACAUAACCUGCGAACAGGCGGCCCUUUUCUUCCCUUUUUGUUCUGGAGGCGAGGGGAAAAGAGACGCUUGAUAUAGGGUCUGGAAGGUAUUUUCAGGAUUCGGGAUUUGACUAAAAUGCGGUGCGGGAUUCGGGAAAACACAAAAUGUCUUGACGGGCAACAGGAUCUGACUGCGACCCGGGAAGCGGGAUUCAUCAAAAUUUGGGCACGGGAUGCGGGAUUUCUUUUUGCAUGUCUGUCGAAAACAGACAGGCAGGGGUUCAGUGUGGUGUCCCGGGGGUGCGGGGGGAGGUACUGCCAUAUAUGAGCAAUAUAGGUAUGUGUCACUGUGAAGGGUAUGGUUUUCAAGCAGUUUGCACUGGGAUAGGGUAUAUAAAUCAGAGAUUCUGGGUCUAGAAGAGGGUAUCAUUUUUCAUUAACAAUAAACUGAUCAAUAGAUCGUUUUCACUGUCACGCAACAAAAAAAUAAAUUGGAAACCGUCCAGUGGAAGAAGCCAAGUAAAUGAAAUGUUAUAGAAGACUAAUAUAUAAACAAUUUGUCCAAGUCUAAGGUCUUUGUGGCCCACAGUUUCUGAAUUAUUUGCCCAAAACGUUUCACGCACCUUUGUAGAGCUUUGUAUGGAGACGCCAUAUUGGUGCACUGUUUUGGUGCACCAAUAUGGCCGCCGGAAAUCAACAAAAAAAUCUGGAGUUCACUUUUUCUAUAAAAGCUCUUUCUUUUCACUCAAGAACUGGCAUACGUGCACAUAAACAUACCUUCUAAUACUUUAAAUGGUUAUACUGCUGAAAAUCAAGAGGACAGACUUUUUUUUCAACAAGACAGCAUUCCUAUUUUGGUGUCACGCACUGUGAAAACUCGGAAGUUCAAAUUGCUGUAUUUUCGAAAUGAAACAUGCUAGAGGACUGGAAACUUGUACAAAGAUUUAUUUUUUGUUUAUUUUCAACCUAGUGUAAAUAAGACUUCGUAAAAACUCGCCAUUUUGACUUUACAAUUUGAUGACGUCACAUUGAAAACCAUCUAUUGGCUGAAGAUUUUAGUCUAGACUAGGGAAACCGGGAAUUGCCACUCAAGAAUAUCAAAAAAGUCAAAGCGGUUUUGUUUUGGCCGGACUGUGCUAGUGACCUCAGUUGUUUCUGGAAAACAGUUACUCUAGUAUAGGGGGGGAUUUGGGGAGUUUAGUCUAGUAUAGGGUAGCAAAAUUCACUUGAAUUAGCUCUGGUAUAGGCUAAGGGUUGCAGGGUCCCAGCGGCACAUCCCCACCCAAAAAGUCCUAAAGUACCCCCCCGCCGGGUGUGGUGUCUCCUUCUUGUUUUAUUCCACUUCCCCCACCCUGCUUCAGCAGACUGCAGUAUGAAAGGCUGUUUCGUUUUUGCAAUGGUCUUAAAAUACCAGUAUGCAUAAGUUCAAAAUAAUCAAUCAAAGGGGCCAAUCUGCAUCUCACAUUUAUUAGCUUUUGCAGCAAUUAGUAUUUUUUGACUUUAAUGUUUUGGAAACAAAAAACAGGAUUUAGGACAGCAAUGAAAAAAGUGCAGGAUAAGAGAUUUUCCUGAAAAAAGAGCAGAAAUGAAGGAUCAGCAUCCCCCCUUCCAGACCUUGUUGAUACAUUUUGAUUUACUUCCUUCGUCUGCCCAUAGUUGAGAAUCUUGAUUUUUGUCCAAUUAGUCAAAAAAAACAAUAGAACCUUCUGAGCCCUGCACUUCCCACAUACUGAUAGGUUACAAGCAACAGUGCAAUUAGAUAGCUCAUCGUGACAGGAACCACAAGAUGGUCGAGGAAUUAGUUCUUUUAGUAGAAAGCUUAGGUUAAGUCUUAAAUACUUUUUUUCAAUAAAUCAAGAUAACAAUGCACAGAGAAACACCUUGACAGCUGAUGGGGACAAGUUGUUAUUUGUCAUCAGUAAGGACAUCCACUAUAUCUUCUUCAACACUUUCUUGCUCGGAGCAGUCAGCGUUUGUAAAAUUAUCAAUUGAUUUACACAGUUCCAUGAAACGGUGUAAAACAAUUGACAAUUUUACAGCUGCACUUUUGCAAACUAAUGAAGGACCAUGAAAAAUUUGUUGCAGGAGAAUCAAUUCCUUUGCUUUUGAUACUGUUGUUCCACCGAUGUUUUCAUUGAAUUAUUCCACUAGAAGUUAACUACUUACACCCAAUCUGUUGCCCAAAAAUGUUGACCACUAUUUGCCUUUUUAGGAGUGUUACCAGCCUACCAUCACCUAUCCUGUGAAUGGGGCUUAAGUCUCUACACUGACUUUUUAGUGAAUAUUAAUCUCAUUGAUAUGAAUUUAUUAUUUUUUCUUUGUCCCGUGUUUGUGACAUGCUGAUUGUUUCAUUUUCACAUUUGUUUCACCGAGCUUAAAAUUUACCUUCUUUCAUUUCUUUCACCACACAGUGCGACAUCGACAUUGCUGAUCCUAGCAGUAUGCAGGGCACAUGUCAAAUAUGAACCUAGUAUAUGGCCUCGCUCUCCAUGAGUUCUUCGUAGCUCAAGUGGAUAGAGUGCUGGUCUGUUUUGGAGGUCCUAGGUUCGAAUCCUGUCAGAUGUUUUCUUUGUCCCACGCUCGUGACAUGCUGAUUAUUUAAGUCACAUCAAUUUGCAUACUUGUAAAUCACAAACUAAUCGUAUGUUGUUGGCAAACAGAUUAUAUUUUAACACUAAAUUGAUUACUUGCCGUUGAUCAUUUUAGGCUAAUUCUAGUAGUUUAUUCAAAUUAAUUGUCAGUUAGCUGAUCCAGCUGUCCCAUAACUUUUUUUUGCAUUGAGAAAUGUUUUUCAGAUUUAGCAAUCAGUCUCCUCUUGAUUCUGUUAAUAAGUGUGCACAUAUUAAAAUCCUGUGCUUAUACUUUUAUACUCAUAUAUUUAUAGCUUUGCAAGCUAAAGCAGCAGAGUUAACUGGAAAAGAAGCAGCCCUCUUUGUAACAAGUGGGACAAUGGGAAAUUUAGUGUCAGGUCAGUAUUCUAGAAUAAACUUUUUCUAAACCUGUCAGUGUAUGACAGAAUAUUUCAAAGGCAGUUUCCAAACAUUCGAUUUUUAAUGUACCUUGAAAAGUUGCUCUUUACAUACCAGAAAAGUUUAGCCCAGCCAUGAGAAAAUCAAGAUUAAUUUUAUUAUCAGGUUAUAUGCAGUCUUGGUCAACUCAUUCACCAAUCAGCGAAACCCUCACUGAUAUAAAACAAUUUAAAAAACAGGGUUGCCACCAUCAGGGAAAAGUCAGGAAAUUUUUUAAAAAGUCAGGGAAAAUCUUUCAUAUUGUCAAAGUCAGUGAAAAGACAGGGAUUUCUGUUUUCUGGUUUAUAGUUCAUAAGUUGAUUCAAGAUUUUGAAAUGCAUUUUCUUUCGGAAAAGGCAAAACGUAUGCUGCAAAGCAAGCAAAGCAAGUCAGUCAGUCAGCAGUGAAUGCUUUCUUCCUAAUUCCUUCUUUGCGGAAAGAGGUUGAAAAUGAAGAGAAAACUAUUGAUGGCUUGCGAAAAAGCUAAAGUGAAUGUAAACAUGGAUUGUUUCUCAUUAAUACAUGUAAAAGGUCAGUGAAAAGUCAGGGGAAAGUCAGGGAAUUUUUACCUUUCUGAUGAGUGGCAACCCUGAAUAAGAACAUAUCUUGUCUCAGCGAAUGAUGCUGGAGAAAUUUAUGGCUGGACCCUGAUAUAAUGAAGCCCAGCCUUAAGGAGAAUUUUUCCAGUCCUUGUUUAAUGAAAUCUCCAUUUGCAUGCCCAAACUGGAGUGACUCAACAUACCAUGGUCAUAAGGAGAUUUAGUAGAAAUUCUGCAAAUCUUCAUUAUUAUUUUUGUUUCUGUCAGUGAUGGCUCACUGUUCUGGUAGAGGAGAUGAACUAUUUGUUGGUGAUAUUGCUCACAUUACUAUUUGGGAACAAGGUGGCGUUGCACAGGUUAUUCUGUUUUAUUAUAUCAUAUUGGUUACUUGUAAGUAUGGCUGUUAUUUCAGUUGUCUAGAAUAUUGUAAUUAGUUUCUUUUUAAAUUAGUUCUUUGUAACUAGAGUAAUAAAUGUCUCAGUGAAUAAAAAAAAAAUUUAUAUAUAUAUUGGUUACUUUAUUGUUGUUUAUAUUAUUAAAUAGAACUUCACUCACUCGUGAAAUCUUCUUCAAAACUUGAAGAGAAAUUUUGUAUCUACGCACGGCCUAGUAAUAUCCUGUAUAACUGGACAUAGUGUAAAUCUUGAUCUCAAAAUUGAGCAGUGCUAGUACUCAUUAUAACAAGACAUUAGCCAGCUUUGCAUUUUUGCUCAAUCGUAAAAGAUAAAUAAUAUGUAAAACAGUUUUUGAGAAUUUUUAAUUAAUUUUCUAUGUUAGACUGAUGUUUUUAACCAUGUUUAAGUAAAGUUAUCAUUCAUUCAUUCAUAAAAUAAUAAUAAAUUAUAUGAUACUGAAUAUCAAUAAUAAAAAUUUUGUCAUUUACCCAGUAAUCAACUAUUUAACUGACUAUUAUUGAUAAUGUUAUUGGUUUAUUAUUUCACAGAUUGCUGGAGUACACCCUCGCCAAGUGCACACCAAUCCUGAUGGGACGUUAGACUUAUUAGAGAUAGAAAGCAAAGUCAGAUCAAGAGAGGAUGCUCAUCAACCAAUCAGUCGCUUAAUAUGUGUUGAACAAACACAUAAUGGAACUGGUGGCAGAGUGUUGUCAUUAGAAUAUCUUCAAAGGGUAAAUUUUUUAGGAACCUUAUUGCCUCUCAGUGGGCCUGUCAAUUAAAGGUGCUGUACUAUCGUCAUGGCUGUCUAGUUUGUUUUGUUAAUAUUGCCAAUAACAUGUCCUUAUUUGCAAGAACUUUAAUCUUUAACAAAGAAAUUACUUGCAAAGGACAAGAUUGAUCCCUGCUUCACGUCAAACAAAUAUUUCUCCUAAAUGUUACAGUAUAUCAAAUAUUAAUGUUAAAGACAAAAAACAUGAACUUUGGAAAACUGCACGUAGGCUAACAAGUUUUCAAAAACCACCAUUGAAAUCUGUUUCAUUCUUGGCCAUCCAUACCUUCUUUUGUCUGGACUGUGUUAUUUACACCUUGUUUGAAUGGUUUGAGCAGUUAUUUUGAUGUUUCGCUCAAUUAAUUCUAGGCAGUCCCAACUGUUUGAAUUGUGAUACAUUUUGUGACACGUCCCCUCUAAGAUGUAACAGUAUGCACCGACAAGAGUUAUCAACCACAAAGAUGAGCUGGGGAGAGAAUCUCUCUCGAAUGUAUUUGUUACAGCUCAAAAUUAAAUUCAGGUUAAAAUUAUUUAACUUAGGUUGAUUCUAAUUUUCUACGUCUCGUAGCCCUAAUUAUUCAUGAAGCUUAUUCACAGGUUUGAUGUUACCACCAUUGCUAGAGAUGAAGUGCAGAGCACCUCUGGUGCAUCGAUUAUAAAUUAACAUCUAGUUAUUAUAUUCUUCAGGUUAAAGAGUUAGCUGUCAAACUUGGAUUGAGGGUGCAUAUGGAUGGAGCAAGACUAUUCAAUGCUGCCACUGCUCUUGGUGUCCCUGUUGGACAGGUCACCCAGCAUGUUGAUUCAGUUACCUUUUGUCUUUCAAAGGUAAUGAUGUUACAUGUAUCACUAUUAUAGUGGAGCUCUUGCAUGCGCAACGCUUGCGCAGCAGAGCACCAUGGGUAGUAACAAGUAUUAUUAUUAUUAUUAUAUUAUUAUUUAGCAAUUAAUAGAUGAGGCUGAGUAGGAUAUGAAGAAUUAAGCAGCUCGAGGAGGGUGUUAUCCACUGAGGCCAAAGACAUUUUGGUUCUGAGAAAAUAGUCUGCCCAUCAGCACAUAUGUCUACCCCUUCAUGUAAGGGAGUGUGAAAUUCUCAUUUCAAGCACCCUUUCAUUUUUGGCAGUAAAUCACGUGGCCACCCGGACUUUUUGAGAUAGCAGCAAAGCCUAGUCUUUUUUUCAACUAAAUUUUAAUGUCUAUGUUACGGGUCAAAUUUGAUAAGGUUAAGUUUGAUUUAACGUAGGUUGAUUCUCAGUUUCCUUUGUCUCCCAACCCUAGGAGACAAAGGAAAUUGAUAAUUGACCUAUGUUAAGUAAUUUUAAACUGAAAUCAAAUUUGACCUGUAACAUCUACACUGACAUGGUUAACAGAGAAAGAGCAAGAGCGUGAGAUAAAGAAGAACAAAGGAGUUUUCGUUGGACGGAGAACGGGGCAGUGAAAAAAAGCGGACAGGAACACAUCCAACAUUUUCUAAAUAAAACAUGUAUCAUAUUUCUGGAAGUUUCACAUUUUAGACGUGUUGCACAAAACAGUGGCAAUAAGGAUAUGUACAAAAAGUAUGCUGUAUGUGCAAAGUUGUUUUUCUUUUGGUAAUUAAACCUAUUGAUUUUUUAUGCCGUUCUCCUUAUUGUCGCCAUUUAUCAUUAAACUAUUUUAUUUUUUGUUUGAGUAUACUAUAAGUAUAUGAUUUAACGAGAGCUUCGCUUUUAGCCCUGGCUAAAUCUAUAAUUAUCAAGCCCCCUUUAAUUUCAUUAUAAAAGGUCUGAACAAAAGAAUGUUACACACAAGACUGGGGUAAGUCUCCCUCUCAGCAAUUUCUUGUCCAUGAGCGUUGCAUGACGAAACAAAAAUGGCUGCAAGGGAUGGAAAUGGAUAAAAACAUAUUUGCUUGUAUGAAUAAUUUUGUUCACAAUAUGAUAGCAUGUGAGCAAGCACUCCUGGGGGUUACCCGGGGGUACAAUUAUAUUGCCGUAAAAGUGACCAUCAGUCCAAAAAGUCAAAAGUUUGUUUUUUUUUAGUUGCACACGUGUGGAAAGUACAGGAAAUUCUUAUAAAACAAUUUUUCCUAUUUAAUCUCAGCUGAUUCCCAAUACUGUAGACCCGUCUGUGUACAGGCAGCUAUAGUACAAUCAUACCCAUAGCUGUACUGGCUCUCAACAUAGGAAGACUGCCUCUUAGCUCAGGAAAACAGCCUUUAGAGAAUAAUGUUGUUCAAUUAGCAGUACAUCUUUCAAGGGCUAUAGAUGUAAUUAGUUAUCUGUAAUAACACCAAAGAAAAUGUCUUAUGAGGGCCUGAGAAAAAAAUGUCAAGUUUCACAAAUUGACACCUUACACAUGAAAUUUUGGGAAUUUUACCUGUGUUUUCACAAUUCUUGUGAAAAUAUUUGACAUUUAUUUUCUCGGGUUCCCAUUAGAAAUAGUCUUUGGUGUUAUUACAGAUAACUAAUUAUAUCUAUAGCCCUUAAGAAAUGUAAAAAAGAAUGCGAUAAUAUUGCCUAAAUUAUUCUGGUACAAGAGUUUUUGUCCACUGAAAAUUGAAAUUACUCAAUUUCGAUUCCUAAUGGAUUCCGUCUCAACAAUUUUUAAGAUAUGUGCAGAACUUUUAUGCAACUUUCAUUUCUAUCUAUUAGAAUGUGUCAUUCUGACAAACAAAAUGUUUUUAGGCUCUUGGUGCCCCGGUAGGAUCAAUAGUUGCUGGAGACAAAGAGUUCAUAUCAAGGUCAGGUGUCUAAACAUCUCUCCAUUGUUUUAACUGUUUCAUUGUAGUAUUUUGUUGUCUUUACAUUCCCCUCCCUUUUCACUUCCCAUCGAGUGUUUGUACCAGUGUAUGUUUUGAUAUGAAGUCCAUUGGUCUCCCGGGGGUGGGGGGAGGUACUCCCAUACAUUACCCAUACGGGUAUGUGCCGCCCAACAGGGGGGUGAUCUGGAAGCUCCUGAUUUAGAACGGGGUAUCCAUUUCAGAGGCGUUUUCUAGAACGGGGUAUAAUAUUUCGAACGCACGAAAGCUCCAGUUUUGUCAGCAGCCAUUUGAAAUUAUUCAAGGACAGAUUGCUUUUAAAAAUAUGGUUCAAUGCGUUAACAAGCAAACUGUUGUACUCUUGUCGCACCCUAGAACGGAGGAUAAAAAAAUUGGCCUAUUUCUAGAACGGGGUAUCAGUUUUAGGGCGAAUUCUAGAACGAGGUAUAAAAAAUUGGCCCAUUUCUAGAAGGGGAUAUCAAUUUUAGGGGAAAUGUUUUUUAGAACCGGGUGCCAGUUUGGAGUCCCGGGCGGCACAUACCCACCCAAAAUAUUCCCAAGUGCCCCCCCCCCCAGGAUUGGUCUUAAUCCUGGGGUAGGCAUCUUUAAGAAAGUUUGGGUGCUGCCAGGGAUUGACCCCUAUACCAGACUCCUAAAAUCUCACCCUAUCCUAGAGUUGCCAUUUUCCAGAAACAACUGAAGUCGUCAACACUUUCUUUGCUAUUAAGCUGACUUCUGGUUAAAUUAAAAUACAUUUUGCCAAUUUCAUUUUUUUGCGAGCAAUAAAUUACCAGUUUCCCUAGUAAAAAAUCUAAAUCUACCACCAGACUCUCUGAUUUCUAUACCCUAUCCCAGACUACCGGUAAGUUGCUUGAAAACCACACCGUUCACAGCAGAACAUACUUAUUUUAUAUUAUGCCAAAUAUGGCAGUUUCCCCGGGAGGUUUUCACAAUUUUCACUCUGUUGCUUUCCACACCCUCUUCAAGCAGGUGUUGGCGACACCGGAAGGUUCUUGGAGGUGGCAUGCGACAGGCUGGGGUAUUAGCAGCAGCAGGAAUUUAUGAGGCUGAGUAGGAUAUGAAGAAUUAAGCAGCUCGAGGAGGGUGUUAUCCACUGAGGCCAAAGACAUUUUGGUUCUGAGAAAAUAGUCUGCCCAUCCGCACAUGUCUACCCCUUCAUGUAAGGGAGGGUGAAAUGCUCAUUUCAAGCACCCUUUUAUUUUUGGCAGUAAAUCACAUGGCCACCCAGACUUUUGGAGACAACAGCAAAGCCUAGUCUUUUUUUCAACUAAAUUUUAAUGUCUAUGUUACAGGUCAAAUUUGAUUUUAGGUUAAGUUUGAUUUAACGUAGGUUGAUUCUCAGUUUCUUUUGUCUCCCAACCCUAGGAGACAAAGGAAAUUGAUAAUUGACCUAGGUUAAGUAUAAUUUUAAACUGAAAUCAAAUUUGACUUGUAACAUCUACACUGACAUGGUUAACAGAGAAAGAGCAAUAGCAUGAGAUAAAGAAGAACAAAGGAGUUUUCGUUGAACGGAGAAUGGGGCAGUGAAAAAAAGCAGACAGGAACGCAUCCAACAUUUUCUAAAUAAAACAUGUAUCAUAUUUCUGGAAGUUUCACAUUGUAGACGUGUUGCAUAAAACAGUGGCAGUGAGGAUGUGUACAAAAAAAGUAUGCUGUAUGUGCAAAGUUGUUUUUCUUUUGGUAAUUAAACCUAUUGAUUUUUUACGCCGUUCUCAUUAUUGUCGCCAUUUAUCAUUAAACUAUUUUAUUUCUUGUUUGAGUAUACUAUAAGUUUAUUAACGAGAGCUUUACUUUUAGCCUUGCUAAAGCUAUAAUUAUCAAACCCCCUUUAAUUUCAUUAUAAAAGGUCUAAACAAAAGAAUUGUUACACACAAGACUGGACUGCCUCUUAGCUCAGGAAAACAGCUUUUAGAGAAUAAUGUUGUUCAGUAGCCUGCAGAGCAGGCGUUUUUUACGUUUUUUAACGAAAACUCGGAGGUACUUUGAUCGUGGCCGCCAUCUUGAAAAGCAACCAAGUAGUAUUAACGUCCAAGAUGGCGGGACAACGUUAUCCUGAAAACAAUUCAUGGAUCUCGCCCCAAAAUACGCCUGCUUUGCAGGCUAGUUGUUCAGUUAGUAGCUUUACAUCUUGGAAAUUAAGGUUGCUUUGAUAUGACUAUACACAACAAACCUGUUAGCUUAACAUUUGCCUUUCUGUACCAAUUGUUAGAAAAAGUGCAUCUUAAGAUGACGGAAAUUAUCCAUUAGGAAUUAAAUUGAGUAAUUUUCAUAUUUUUCAGUGGACAAAAACCUUGUACCAGAAUAUUUUAAGCCGCAUCAUCGCAUUCCUUUUUACAUUUUUCAAGGGUUAUAGAUGUAAUUAGUUAUCUGUAAUAACACCAAAGACAUUUCUUAUUAGAGCCCGAGAAAAAAAUGUCAAAUUUCACAAAAUGACACCUUACACAUGAAAUUGUCGGAAUUUUACCUGUGUUUUCACAAUUCUUGUGAAAUCUGACAUUUAUUUUCUUGGGUUUCCCAUGAUGAGAAAUAGUCUUUGGUGUUAUUACAGAUAACUAAUUAUAUCUAUAGCCCUUGAAAAAUGUAAAAAAGAAUGCAAUAGUGCCUAAAUUAUUCUGGUACAAGAUUUUUUGUCCACUGAAAAUGGAAAUUACUCAAUUUCCUAAUGGAUUCUGUCUUAACAAUUUUUAAGAUAUGUGCAGAACUUUUAUGCAACUUUCAUUUCUAUCUGUUAGAAUGUGUCAUUCUGACAAAUCAAAUGUUUUUAGGCUCUUGGUGCCCCGGUGGGAUCAAUAGUUGCUGGAGACAAAGAGUUCAUAUCAAGGUCAGAUGUCUGAACAUCUCUCCAUUAUAUUGUUUUAAAGACCGUUUCAUUGUAGUAUUUUGUUGUCUUUACACAAGUGGGGAUUUCCCUUCCCUUUUCACUUCUCGUCGAGUGUUUGUACCAGUGUAUGUUUUGAUAUGAAGUUCAUUGGUCUUAACCCUGGGGUAGGUAUCUUUAGGAAAGUUUGGGUGCUGCCAGGGAUCGACCCCUAUACCAGACUCCUAAAAUCUCACCCUAUCCUAGAGUCGCUAUUUUCCAGAAAUAACUGAAGUCAUCAACGCUUUCUUUGCUAUUAAACUGACUUUUGGUUAAAUUAAAAUACAUUUGCCAAUUUAAUUUUUUUGAGAGUAAUAAAUUACCAGCUUCCCUAGUAAAAAAUCUAAAUCUAAAAUCUUCAACCAACUGAUCAUUUUCCUGGAAAAUGAUACCCUAUUCUACCCCCAGACUCUCUGAUUUCUAUACCCAAUCCCAGACUAAGUUGCUUGAAAACCACGCCCUUCACAGCAGAACAUACUUAAUUUAUAUUAGGCCAUGGCCGUUUCCCCGGGAGGUUUUAACCUCACAAUUUUCACUCUGUUGCUUUCCACACCCUCUUCAAGCAGGUGUUGGCGACACCGGAAGGUUCUUGGAGGUGGCAUGCGACAGGCUGGGGUAUUAGCAGCAGCAGGAAUUCAUGCAUUGGACCACAUAGCUCCUAAAUUACAUGAGGACCAUGCUAAUGCACAG